GUUGGGCUUUUCUGCCUUUACAUCCUGUGGUUUGAUGACGCAGUCAACGCAGAUCCAGUCUGAUGGUGUGAUGUUUGCUUCAAGAAUUUGCUGGUAUUUAUUCAAAUCCAUUCUUUGCUCUACAAAGGAAACGUUCCCUGUGCCACCAGCUGCAACACAAGCCCAAAGGAUGAUUGAUCCUUCCCCAUGCUUAAUAGUUGGAGAGGUGUUCUUUUCUUGGAAUUCAGCACCAUUUUUUCUCCAAACAUACUUUUGCACACUGUGGCUAAAAAGUUCUAUUUUGACUUCAUUAGUCCACAGGACUUGUUUCCAGAAUGCCUCAGGCUUGUUUAGAUGUUCAUUUGCAAACUUCACAUGCUGAAUUUUGUGGCUAGGAUGCAGAAAAAGUUUUCUUCUGCUGACUCUACCAUGAAGGUCAUAUUUGUUCAGGUGUCGCUGCAUAGUAGAACAGUGCACCGCCACUGCAGAGUCUGCUCAAUCUUCCUGAAGGUCUUUUGCAGUCAAAUGGGGGGUUUUAUUUGCCUGUCUAGCAAUUCAACGAGCAGUUCUUUCAGAAUGUUUUCUUGGUCUUCCAGAUCUCACCUUGACCUUCAACGUUCCUGUUAACUGCUAUUUCUUAAUAACAUCACGGACUGAGGAAACAGCUACCUGAAAAUGCUUUGCUAUCUUCUUGUAGCUUUCUCAUGCUUUGUGAGCAUCAAUUAUUUUAUUUUUCAAAAUGCUCAGGAAUUGCUUAGCGGAGCCCAUGACUUGAUUUUAGGGACAAGUUUGAGGAGUCAGAGAAUUUAUACAGCUUUGAAAUCUGCAUUACCUGGCUUUUCCUAACAAUGAAUGUGAACAAACCACAGCUCAAUAAGCUAAUUAAGGUCUAGAACCUUGGUAAAAGUUACCUGAGGACUCAAAUAUAUUGGGGUGCCCAAACUUUUGCAUGGUGUUCCUUUCCUUUUUUUCACUCUACAAUUGUACAAAACAAAAAUAAUACACAGAUCUUGCAUAAAAUGCCGAAAAGAAACGUGUUAUCUUUUUAACUUUGUUUUGUUGGUGAUCAGCUCAUCUUCUGCUCACUUAACUAUUCACAGUAACAGAUAUUUUCAGCAAGGGUGCACAAACUUUUGCAUGCCACCGUACAUCAUCCAUCUGGGUUUGGUGCCAGUGUCACGUUGAUCACGGCAUCAUUUCAUACUGCAUUCCUAUUGGGUGGUUAGUUGACAUAGGUCGUAGCAGCAGUCAUUGUGAGAUGGUCAUCCCUAAAUUUUUGACACUGUUUUUGUCCCUGGCUAUCGUUGGUCCUCUCUCACAGUGCAGUGUAGGACUACUGUUUUGGAGCAACGACCAAAGAUUUCGCCAUGCUUCUUUCACGUUAAUCAUCUUUUGUCUGGGACAUCCCAAAAUCGCACAGUGUAUACUGGCCAUAAGAUGCACAGAAAUAGUUCUGUUAUAAGGUAUUGCAAAGAUUGGGAGAGGGAUUAUGGAGUGGAUAUUGUCUGUAAAUCAGAAAUGCGUCUGCACCACAGCAGACCUUGUUUCCUAUGCAAGGGCUAAGGAAAAAGAAGAAAAAUGUCUCACUUUUCUAAUGCACAAAUUGUUUUAUGUCUUUUCCUAAGAUUGGGCAACCCAGGUUUAUGAUGCAAAUUAGUUCUUCUGUGUAAACACACCUGCCUAUAUCAAACAUAAUUGAAGAGCCCACUCAAAACGAGCUGCUUAAUUGUAUGCUGGAUGACUAUAUUGUAUAUAUUGUCUCUCAACUGCCUAUUGCUGGGUUUCAGUCACGUGACUUUUCUUAGCAGUUUUACCGGAAGUGAAAUAGCUGGUGGCCUAAAUAGCUGUCGUAGUGCAAACAACCAGCGAUAACUUAUCAGCGUAUGCUCGUAAUCCAGAAGCCACUGCUCGCUUUAGAUAUAUUCAGAAGAUUGCUAUGUGCAAUAGAAUCGACCCCUACAGUCUGGGAAAGAAGGAUUUGUCUUAUGAUCUCGAAAACUACCCUUCAGUCGAGUUCCCUGACAUCUCAAACUAUCUGGUGUUGCAGACAUCCUUCUGCACCGCAAAACAGAUGAAAGCGUGGAAGAGUAUGGAGGCUUACAACUUUUUUGUAUGUGGCUGGGUAAAGGACCUCGGUAUCAAGUCGCUGCCGAAUGAGUCCUGUAUUGUUUUUGCCCAUGUAAAUCAUUCACAAAGCUCAUCAGAAACCCCUUUAAAGACCUGGAUCUUAGUUAAACAAGACAGAGAAGCGAUCACGGCGCAUUGUAACUGUAUGGCUGGGGGAGAUCCCAAUUUGGUCAAGCUCAAUGUCGCCAUUACCUGUGGCUACCUGCUUUAUGACCUUUUGCUGCUAGCCUGCAACUGGAGCACUAUGGGAGACAGCUUUUUUGUAUGUCACCACUUGGCGGCACUCUAUGCAUAUGGAUAUGUGCUGACACGUGGGGUGCUUCCGUAUUUCGCAAACUUUCGACUUAUUUCAGAAUUAUCAACACCAUUUGUGAACCAGAGGUGGUUUUUUGAGUCACUAGCAUACCCUCGUUCUCACCGGCUGGUGGUGGCUAACGGUGUGGCCAUGGCCGUGGCCUUCUUCCUGGUGCGCAUUGCUGUGAUGCCGCCAUACUGGGUGAAAGUAUUUGCCACUUUUGGUACGCCUGCUUUUGAGAGGCUUGGCCUGGGCGCACAAGUGGCCUUGAUUGUCUCCUGCGUGUGUCUGGAUGUGCUCAACAUCGUAUGGAUGUAUAAAAUCGCCCGUGGCUGCUACAGGGUCAUCACUGGAACAAGUGGCAAGAAGAAAGGUGGCAAGCUUGCACAGAAGUACGACCCUCAGAAGGAGGAAGACCUCAGGAUUUGGAUCCAUGAGCUCACAGGACGCAAAAUCCCAGACAACUUCAUGGAGGGCCUUAAAGAUGGAGUCAUCCUGUGCGAACUCAUCAAUGCGCUCCAGCCUGGCUCUGUGAGAAAGAUCAACAACUCCACUCAGAAUUGGCAUCAGCUGGAAAACAUAGGCAAUUUUGUUCGAGCCAUUCAGGAUUACGGUCUGAAGCCACAUGAUAUCUUCGAGGCAAACGACCUGUUUGAGAACGUCAACCACACGCAGGUUCAGAGCACUCUGAUCGCACUGGCUGGGAUGGCUAAAUCUAAAGGUGUUCAUACUAAAUCUGACAUCGGGGUGAAGUAUGCAGAGAAACAGCAGCGUAGGUUCGCGCCUGAGAAACUGAAGGAGGGACGCAACGUUAUCGGCCUUCAGAUGGGGACCAACAAGUUCGCCAGCCAGAAAGGGAUGACAUCAUACGGCACAAGGCGUCACCUGUAUGAUCCCAAAGCUGGCAUGGAGAAUCCUCUGGACCAGUCAACGAUCAGUCUGCAGAUGGGAACGAACAAAGGAGCCAAUCAGUCUGGUAUGACAGCACCAGGAACCAAGCGACAAAUCUUUGAUAAGAAGCUGGACAUGGAAGCCUGUGACACUUCCAUCGUCUCACUGCAGAUGGGUACAAACAAGGUGGCAUCGCAGUCAGGCAUGACUGUCUACGGGCUCCCACGUCAAGUCUAUGACAGAAAGUACUGCACUUACCCUGAAGACUACAUGGACAACGGCCAGGACAUGCAGAUUGAUGGAUACCAAUACUCUGACUAAGAAGCCCACACACUGCUGCUUUUUUUAUUUUUAUUUUUAAUUCACUCAUUUCUUGCCCACUUUUUUAAACAAUAUAAACCUCAUCCUGCAAGGCCACGCAAACUGUUAGUAACCAUCUACCAAACCAGAAUAUUAGGUCUAAUUUAAGAUGGAAUUUUUUUAAAAUUAUGUUUAUGUUUUUCUGCCACGGGCUAUCCCUGCUUCUCACUCGGAAUUGUUCAUAUUUUUAUUUUUUGAGUGUAGCAGCUUCCUGUCACCACUUUGCAUGACAUUCUGUUUUUAGCAAAUGGGGAAAAAAAACUAUGCUUCAAAAAAAAAAAUCUAGAAUAUUUAUGAUGCCUUAUAUAGUAUGAUUUGGUUUGAAACAGACCCAAAUAUCCACUAUUACUGCUGAUGAUCACAAGUAUUCAGACAUGAAGAAGUUUAGCUCAGUAAUAGGAAGGAAUAGCCAAAAAAAAAAAAGUUCCACAAGGAUGCUAUGGUACUAACCAAGCACAGCGAAGCUGAGGACACUCACUAAUAUCUAAGAAUUCUAUCCACCUUCGUGAGAGAAGUGCUUGGCCGCACCCAUACAUAUCAUGAGAGAAGUCAUUUUGCCUAAGAGGACGCCUGAGAAAGCACAACGUUAUUCCAGUCAGACACCCAAAUUCAAACCUGUCCUUUUUUGGUUCCUGUAAUUUGCAGCCAAUGUUGUGUUCUCUCUCUUUUCUUCUGUCUUUUGCACCAUAAACGCAUAAGAUGGUUAACAGACGGACCUAUCAUUCAGCCGUGAGGCUUUAAAUCAAGCUAAAAUUUACAGGUGCAGUACAUGACGUGAAGAAUGUAAUGUACACCACUCCAGUAUUGCAUGGCUUUGAGAAGUGUGUAAAAUUUGAUGGAUUUUUUUUCCAUUACAGCUAAUUGCUAAACACACAUGGUGCCUUGAAGAAUUAAUUACUCCUGCAUCACUUCUCCUCACAUGCAGAAACACAACACAGUAAAACACAGUGCAGAUUAACCAGAGUUCACUUUGUAAGUCCGUUUCUAUGAAGUAAGAUUUGGGGAAUUUUAAAAGGACUUGGGUCAAAUUUCAGAAGUAGCCAUAGAGGGCCAGAGUCCAGCAGCGUGCAGUGAUUUCCUUGCUUACUUAUUAACUGGUGAGCUAAAUCAGGCGCAUCUGAGCAGAAAAAUCAAACUGAGUUUAUUUGUGCAAAAUGUGGCAACAAAAUACAUACUUUUGCUGAAAGACACAACCUGACACCAGAGAUCUUUUCCUGUAGUCUGCUGGAAAACACACAAGAGUAAAGACGUCAUUUCAUUCUGAACUUAGUUCAAUCCAGUGAUAAUAUCUUGCUCAGAAAACUUAUUUUUGCCUCAGAAUUUAAAAAGUGUUCCAGUUGGAAAUCAGUACUUAGAAGUCUGGAUACACAAGUGCAGACCCAUGAGAUGAAAAUGCGCUGGACUCCGGCCCUUAGAUGAACUUAUUAUUUGUGCUGAACAUACAUCGUUAGAUAAAGCCUCCCUGAAGUGGUGAAAGGUUCUAGUUUCUAAAGGGGUUCCACUUGGAACCAUUUUUUGAAAGGGAAUCCCUGAGAUGUUGGUCUGUACAUAGAUUCUGUAAACUUCCCCACCUCCUGAGGAACAAACCAAGGAGUGCUUUAGCAUAUUAAAGGUAACUAUUCAUCAGGUAAGUCUCCAGCAUCACCACGGUUAUAGAGAAUGACAUGGAAAUGCUCUUGAGAGUUAACUGGAGUCAUGUGAACUGGCUCUUUCACAACAACAACAGAAUUCCUGAUUAGACAGAAGAUAACAUUUGGGCAGACAGCACCUUAAGUGAAAGAUCACGUGCAGAUUGGGUUUCACUAAAGCAUAGAAUUUCUAAGUGAUUAUGUCCAUAUCAGUAAAUCCCAUUCAAAAAGAGAACAGCAAUGUGCUUACACACAGUUACAGAAGUGCUGCAUGACUUUUCAAGUUCACUUGGAAUUCAGCAAGCCAGUGCAAAAAUGCAUGGGUUUGUAAUAACCAUAAAUAUAGGACUGUGCAAAAGUCUUAGGCACCUUAUUUUUUUUAAUACAAACUUUGUUAUAGAUUUCUAUUUUAUGACUUCUACAUUAUCGAGUCAGCACAAAAACAUUUUAGAGUUCCAAACCUUAGUUUCCCAGUAUAAAAUUAAAUCUUACAGGGGGGGCCUUUGUAUCUGAGCAGCAUAAGAGAGCACUUUUCAGAUUAAAAAAGAAAACAUAAUGAAGGCUGCUGGGUUUUGGUGCAAAAUGAAGAAGCAAGUGUGACAAAGUGUCCAGAAGAACUGCGGCUGGUUCUGUAAGACAUUCAGUAAAACCUACAGCUCAUUUCCUUAUGAAACUGCACUCACUGUACCUGAGACGACUAUUUUUUUUUUUUAAAGCAAAGGGUCGUCUCACACCAAAUAUUGACUUUGCUUCAUUUAUUAUGGCUUACUCAUGUUUAUAGUAUUUUUUUUAUGUUGAAACAUUUCAUUUCAUUAUUUUGAAGCCAUUUUUGGCCUACAGCAUUUCUUUACAUGUGCCUAAGACUUUUGCACAGUACUGUAUGAGCAUAUGCACUCAGAGCAAUGAGGUUAUUAUUGGAAGAUGGAUUGCAGACAGGAAUACCUUUGGAAUACUUUGACCAUAAAAACUGAACAUAAAAUACUAGAAGACUGAUUGCAGUUGAAAUUGUAAUGAUAUUAUAAUGGGAAACUUAUGACCUGGUAUGUUUUCAGAAAAGAUGCUGAUCGACUUACAGAGAAUCAUCUGAGAAUUAAACUGAUGGUGCAUUCUAAAAACGCUUAAAUGUUAAAAAUAAUAAUAAUAAAUAAAUAAAAACAUUGCUUAAUGUACCAAAACAAACAGUACCCAAUUUCUUUGAUACUUUACUAACAAUCACUAUCAAUUAGGAAAAAUAAAAUACAACAGCAUGCUGAUACAGGAAACUAAUCAGUGAUUAGUGAUCUGCUACCACUCUGAAUAUAACACUUCACAAAAUAUUUUAGUCUUCUUAUACAGUACCACAACUGUUUGACAGGGCUAGCAUUUUUAUUAUUAAAGAACAGCAAAUAGUUUUUUUUUUAUCCAUUUAUAGAUACAUUUGAUGCUGUGGAACAUCCAUGAAACAAAGUCCCGUUAUCACUUACAUUAUAGUAGCUAUAAACAGUCGUUCUCUCCCCAACCUCUGUUUUUAAGCUCUCUUAAAAAUAAUAAGACCAAAAAAAGCAGCUCAUGAUGUCAUAAGGAACCUGAAAGGUCUUCCAUUGUGAAAACUCAGAACAGCUUUACUGUAGCUCUGGCUGUUACAAAGCGCUGACACGGUCUCCUCAUAAACGCUUGAUUUAUGCCAUGAGUCGCUAUGGAUGAGUUGUUUCUAGAGAAACGAUAACGCAUUAGAACUAGUACAUUAAUAUAAACUUGUGAUUUGAAUUACAGCCUGCAUUGCUGUAACAGCCGGGCUGUUAUAGAAGUAGAAAAUUACUUCUAGCAACACCUAGAAGGGGACAGUCCUGGCCUGAAGGUUAGAGAAGCAUAUGAGGUUAGUUUAGUGAAUGAACAGCACUUUCCCCUCCCUCUGCAUCAUAGCUGAAGUGCCCUUGAGCAAAGAACCUAACCCCCAAUUGCUCCCCGAGCGCUGUAGCAUUGCUGCCCACUGCUCUGGGUAUGUGUGUGUGUUCAUUGCUCACGUGUGUGCUUGCGUGUGUUCACUACUUCAGAUGGGUUAAAUGCAGAGGAAGAAUUUCGCUGUGCAUGUGACAGAAUAAAGGUUUCUUUCUUCUGACCAAUCAAUCAGAUUCAAACAUUCAACAGCAAUAUAAACACCAGGCCUGUGCUCCAGUCCAGGUUCAAGAGGCCAUUACUGAUUUGUGUGACUUGUAACUCUUACUGAGCCCUAAAGGCAGGAAGGAAAUUUAAGCCCAAUAUUCAAUCUGUAAUGACAGCUGACAUGACUUUAUUCUGCUAGCUAGUAUGCACACUGAUAGUGUAUAAGGGAAAUCAUAUGAACUGUGCUGUUCUUAUUACCAUGAGGAAAAGCAUUUCCAGUUGAAAUUAUGAAUCCUGUACUCCUUUUGUGCAAGACUUGGCCGUUUGUGUUCAUUCCAGUGCUUCAUCAGCGCCAUCUUGUGGUCAUACUUCAGUCUGAUAGGAAGAAGCUUAGCUUGAUGAUAGGACUAGAACAAUCCUGGCAUAUCUAAACUACAUUUAUGUGGAAUUUAUUAUCCCUUGUGAUGACAAACUACCACAGCAACUUAUUAAUGACAGUUUGUUUAUGGCAAGGCUUUGCAAUAAAAUUUCUAUAAAAUGCAGCCACAUUUCUUUGUCCAAGUUCUGUCCGAUGAAACAAUGAACAACUGACUCCAGAGCAAGGAAAAGUGGAUAUUAACUGAUGAAUUCAUGAUGUUGAACUACUGAACCUCUCGACUCAAUGCUUAAGAGGAAUAAUGCUGUUUAUUCAUG